AUGCAGCAUAAACAAGAAUGCCUUUCUGGUCCUCUUAGGAGUAACAGAGAAAGAACUCCUGGCAAGAACACACAGCCAGCACUGAAGGAAGUUGCCCAAGUAAAAGGAAAGGAGAUUGAACGGUGGCAGAGGGCCACACCUACUAAUUUAAUGAGGCAGAACGCACCAAUCCCUCCUGGACAGUUAGGUAAUGGCUCCGAAUGUCUUGAGUGCCACACAGCCAAGAAAAAUAGCUUUCUGAAGCAGCUUAGGACAACAGUGAGGAAAAUGUUCCCGUCCUAUCAAAAGGCAAGUAAGAAACCUAAGCAACAAGGUAGCAAGCCUGCCAACCCAGCAAAGCCUAGAACUUCUGUUGUUCCCAGAAAGCACCGUCUCCUUCCAAGGGCUGUUGCAGAAUUAUUUCCUCUAAAAGCAUUUACAAAAUUGAAAAGAAGAAAACUUUCUCCAAAUGAAGCAAUUCAGUUGGAUGUGAAUAUUGUGGAAGAGCAUGCACAAAGCAUAAGCAGGACAAACACAGUUGUGCAGGCAAGACGAAUGACAAGACGCAUAUCAGUGGUGUCGCUGCCACAUGGGAUCCGGAAGGUUUCAGGUCCUCCCAAAAAGAAGACUUUCCCAGUAUUCAAAAAGAAGGAAAAAAAUAUACCACCAAUAUGGUACCAUUCAGAUAUAACAGUCGGGAAUCUUCAAAUGCAGGUGGAUAAUCUCUUGGAUAACAUCAGUGAAAAAUCCAUACAAUUACUGGCUUUGAGAAGCGCGGAACUACAACAGUGCGAAUCUUUGGGAAACAAGAUACUUCAAUCCUCUAAGCAGUUUCAAAGGGUUUCCUUAAGGACUACAAAGAAGCAUAAAUUGAAAAACAUGUGUUUUCCAUGUAGAUGUUGUUGCUGACAUCCAUCUGGGACAGUAAAAGUAAAAGAGUUUUCAAGUUAAUUAUAUUUAAAUUUCAGCAGUCAUGCCUUGCUAUUUCACUGUCUCAGGAAGUGGCAUUUGGAAGAUAGGGUAUUUCUUUGCUUAUUAUCAAAAAUUCAAAUGGAUUUGAAUGUUCAAGAUUUUGCUGCCUUUCAAAAUAUGAAGUGAGUAAGAAACAUUUUGUAGAAAGUGCCUGUACUGGAAUCCUAUACAAGGAAAAGUAACAACUGGACCACGACAGUUCUUUAUAGACAAAUAUUUCAUGCUUCUAAGCCAAGUUACAGCCUCCCAAGACCAAUGAUUUAAAUUACUUAGAAGGGUGUAACUCUUCUUACACUGCAAUCCUAUGUAGAGUUACUCCAGUCUAAGCCUAUUUAUUUCAAUGGGCUUAGACUGCAGUAACUCUGUUUACGGUUGCACUGUCGGGCUAGCACAUGCCUAAAAUGGCAGUAUAAAUCCUGAACGUACUAACAUUUUUACAUUGUGUGAAUUCAACC